ACAUAACUCGUGCCAGCACGCUCCAAUCUACCUCACUGAAGAGAACCCAAUGAAUAAAAUACCCGUCCAUCUCUCUCACGCAGACCGGAGAAAAAGUGAGAGUACAUCAAGUCCUCGUUCCCCUUUCACUUCCACUUCCAUCGACAUCACAAUCCCACGCCAUGCAUCUCCUUCGCAGCUUUCUUUUUCUCUUCUUCUAUCUCUCAUUCCUCGCUCUCUCCCACCAAAUGGCGGCGGCAGAUGUCCAUCUCUCGUCAUCGUCCUUCUCCGCAGCCCUCGAAACCCUUCAGAAGCAAAUCGGGUAUAACUUCCAGACCGUCGAGCUGCUCCGCCGUGCGAUGACCCACUCCUCCUAUUCCCGCGAGAACUGCCGCGCCCUCAGCAUCCUGGGGCUCAGCGCCGUCGAGGCCUCCGCCGCCCUCCGCCUCCUCCGCAAGGACGCCGACGCCUCCGCGGAUGCCGUCAGCCGCCGGAUCGCGGAGGUCUCCGGUGUCGACGCGUGCGCCACCGCCGGCGCUCGCCUCGGGCUGGAGAAGAUCGUCCGCGUCUCCACCGGGACCGACUCCUCGUCGCCGGCCGUAAUCUGCGCCGCCUUCAGGGCGAUCUUCGGCGCCGUCGCGGUGGAUUCCGGCAACGUCGACUCCGCCGGGGACGUCUUCUGGAAAGUCCACGGUGGCAGCAGCGCCGCUGCCGCUAUGUAAUGUGAGCUAGUAGGCGGCAGCCCGCGCUCUCGAACUAGUCUGGCUGGGGUUAGGGUUUUUGGUGGUGAAUUGCUCACAAUAGCAUAUAGCUGUGUGAUCCAUUAUCGUGAGCCCUGGUAUCCUUCGCUUUAAUUUCCAAUGAAGUCUGCUAUUAUGUGGGAUUUGGGGCUGGAGAUUUUACUAAUAUAUGCCACUAUGUGAGUGAAAAAUAUAUAGACUAGUUUGCUUCUCAAGCUGGACGGAUUGGCUUCUCUCUUGUUAGAAGUGUUGGAAUGUCUUUUCUAAUGAAGUUUGCUUCCUACGAUUUGCUUAUCAAGUCAUCGAAGUUUCCAAGAA